GAGGGUUUUAGUUGUAGCACAUUUUGGCGGAAGACGUAUACUCUGAAGUGACUCUGUGCCGUGCAAACCGAUCAUUUCUUGCCUCCGUGCCCUAGCGCUCUUUCCGCCGCUUCCUCCACUUUCGCCACCGCAUCUUAUCAGCGAACCUUCAACCUCCAAAUCAUGCAGUCGCCGGUUCUAGUUCUCAAGGACUCCUUGAAACGUGAGUCUGGAAGCAAGGUGCAGCAUGCAAAUAUUCAAGCAUCAAAGGCUGUUGCUGACAUAAUUCGUACAACCUUGGGACCCAGGUCCAUGUUAAAAAUGCUACUUGAUGCUUCGGGAGGAAUUGUGGUGACAAAUGAUGGAAAUGCUAUCUUGCGUGAAUUAGAUAUUGCUCACCCAGCUGCAAAGUCUAUGAUUGAAUUGAGUCGCACCCAAGACGAAGAAGUCGGAGAUGGAACAACAUCUGUUAUCAUUCUUGCUGGUGAGAUGCUCCAUGUUGCUGAAGCAUUCAUUGACAAGAAUUUCCAUCCUACAGUUAUUUGCCGAGCUUAUAACAAAGCUCUGGAGGAUGCCAUUGCUGUGCUUGACAAAAUUGCAAUGCCCAUUGAUGCCAAGGAUAGAGGUACAAUGCUGGGGCUAGUUAAAAGCUGCAUUGGUACCAAGUUCACCAGUCAAUUUGGAGAUUUAAUUGCUGAUUUAGCUAUCGAUGCUACUACCACAGUAGGUGUUGAUCUUGGCCAAGGUUUGAGAGAUGUAGACAUUAAAAAUUAUAUCAAGGUUGAGAAGGUCCCUGGUGGGCAGCUGGAGGAUUCAAAAGUUCUUAAAGGAGUUAUGAUAAACAAAGAUGUGGUUGCCCCUGGCAAAAUGAGGAGAAAGAUUGUCAAUCCACGUAUCAUUCUUCUUGAUUGUCCCCUUGAGUAUAAAAAGGGCGAAAAUCAAACAAAUGCUGAACUGCUCAAAGAAGAAGACUGGAGUCUCUUGUUGAAGUUGGAAGAGGAAUACAUCGAGGAGCUUUGCAUGCAGAUAUUGAAGUUUAAACCAGAUUUAGUUAUUACAGAGAAGGGCCUUAGUGAUUUGGCAUGCCAUUUUCUGAGCAAGCAUGGAGUUAGUGCAAUCAGAAGGCUGAGAAAAACUGAUAAUAAUAGAAUUGCUAAAGCAUCUGGUGCUGUUAUUGUGAAUAGACCAGAUGAAUUACAGGAGUCUGAUGUUGGUACUGGCGCUGGGUUAUUUGAAGUUAAGAAAAUUGGAGAUGAGUUCUUUGCAUAUAUUGUUGAAUGCAAAGACCCUAAGGCCUGUACUGUACUAUUGAGGGGUGCUAGCAAAGAUCUCUUAAAUGAAGUUGAAAGAAACCUCCAGGAUGCCAUGUCUGUUGCAAGGAACAUAAUAAAAAAUCCAAAACUUGUUCCUGGAGGUGGUGGUACAGAGUUGACUGUAUCAGCAACUUUGAAGCAAAAGAGUUCAUCUGUUCAAGGCAUAGAGAAGUGGCCGUAUGAAGCUGCUGCUAUUGCUUUUGAGGCGAUACCACGUACUUUGGCACAAAAUUGUGGUGUAAAUGUCAUCCGGACUAUGACAGCACUACAAGGGAAACAUGCAAAUGGAGAAAAUGCAUGGGUUGGCAUAGAUGGAAAUACCGGUGCCAUCUCCGACAUGAAAGAGUCCAAGAUCUGGGAUGCAUACAAUGUGAAGGUACAAACAUUUAAGACUGCCAUUGAAGCUGCUUGCAUGCUUCUGCGGAUUGAUGAUGUUGUGAGUGGGAUCAAGAAGAAGCAAGCCCCUGGAGCAGGCCAGGCUUCUUCAAAGCCUAAGGUUGAGACUGAGGCAGAUGCUGACAGUGAGCAAAUUCUUCCUGACUGAGAACAUAACCGAGAUUGCCUUUUGACGUAGAGUUGAAGAUGUGCUAGGUUCCUGAUAAGCUUUUAAAUCUAAUUACUAUUAUUUGUUUGGGUUGGCUGUUGUUUUGUGCGUUAUACUGUUUUGAUGGUUUAGAUGACAUUUGCUUUAUUGAUUAUUUUUCUAUCCAUAGUUGAGAUUUUGUCCAAAUGCCGCUGUAAAAGUUUUCGGUUUCACAACUUAAGGUUGCAUUGUU